CAAAAUCAUAAUGAAAGGAAACGUCAGUAUGUCGUUUCCUCCUAAACUGAGAGGUCACUGAUUUUCUGUAGUUCUUGGAAUACACGAAACUUGAAAUACGAGUGAGUGAAGUGAAUUGAGUCUGGAUCGUUUAGAGAGGAUCGAAGCAAAAGCAACAAACAACCUAGAGAUGGGCCUCGCCGGCGUCGUUUUGCUCCUCGUGCUGUGCUCAAUGCUGCAGGUGCCCCCCUCGGCCUCGGCCAGGACCGUCGUCAGGAGCCACCAUCCCCCUCCGAGCCUUGAGCACUCCAACGCCCACAGACUCUCUAAGCUGUGCUGCGGGGAGGGCCAGUUUCUGGACCUCGCCUCCGCCGAGUGCCGAACGCCGCGAAGCCACCGCGCGCCAAGCCCCGGCCCCGGCCCCGGCCCCGCGCACAGCCUCCUGCAACGCAGCGGGCUCACGGACUUGCCUCCCAAUUGCCCCAAGCCGCAGAAGUACGACCCCGAAGCCAAGGUGUGCAGAGAAGUGUGGAGGAAGAGGAGG